AAACAUUAGAACCAAUAAACGUACGCGAUGACGUCACAAGAGAUUGUAUCUCUCGCCAUCUUAGCAAACGAACCAAGCUUAAAAUUAUAAAUUUUAUUAUUUUUUUUUAAUUUACUUGCAAAGAAAAAUGGCGUAAUAAUAAACGAGAGCCGUCCAUAAAGUAAAAUGACGGAAAUACAAGCUGCCGGAAGGAUAACAUUUUGCGGCGAGUGCGGUUUUACAGCGGAGUACGAAGCUGUUUUACAGCAUUUUCAAGACCAACACGGAGUUAAAGGUGAUGGUUCAAGUAAUAGUGAGGUGACAAUUAUAGAGACUCCAAAUCUCGUAACCGAGGAACCUGUAGAUAUCACAUCUGAUUACACAGAUGCAGAGAGGAAUAUUAUUCAGUGGACUAAAGCAUCGGAAGCAAAAUUAGUGAACUUAGUGAAGGAGAAAGAGGAGGACUUUAAUUCUCCAUAUAUAAGAAAAAAGCAGUUGUGGAAGAUUAUAUCCGACGAGCUAGCCUCGAAACAUAACAUAAUAGCUUCCGCAGCACAGUGUGACAAUAAGUGGAAAUCGAUAACCCGUAGGUUAAGGAAGCAAGAAGAGAGAAAUAGAGAGGUAAAGUUUUUGUCUAGUGAAGAAAUAAAUCAUUUAAAAAAACUGAAAGCAAACCUUCUUGACUCCGAACAGAUAAGUGACGACAGUAAUGGCGUGCAAGUAGAAGAACAGACUUCGACGAAUGACAAUAUCAGUCCGAGUUCUCCGCCAUCUGAAGAAGUUUCUGUCAAUGCUCUCAAAAAGCAAUUACUGAGUUACAAACGGCCAAGGGACGAUAGUUUUUCUGACGAGCCGAGAUGGUUCAAGCAGUUCAGAGUAGAAUGUCAAAAGCGUCACGAAGAGAGAAUCGAACUGCAAAAUAAAUUACUGGAACAGCAUCGGAAUUUAAUGAUGCAACUCAUUCUAACUAUGGCAAAUAUGAAAAAAUAAGUUUUUAGUUAUUGAUUUAUUAUAAAUAAAUUUUAGAUGAUAAAA